AUGGCUAGUCAGAGAAAGUCGCAUGUCUUCCGGGUGACAGGCCUGUCGAGGGAACUGCCCGAUAGGGAUCUCAAGACAGCAGUGCAACGGGCACUCAACGACAACUUUACCGACGACGAGAGAUCUCAUAUCAUGGCUGAGAUCACAAUAGUGCCGUCAUGCUAUGAAAGUGACACAGAGAGGGCAGCCCUGGUGCAGUUUCGCGAUGGUAUACCUCGGUUCCUUCAUGAGCUGAGAGUCGACCCUCUUGGAGACUGGCAGGUCGAGAUGGGAGACAACGACAUCAACUUUGACUGCCACUUCUUUGGAUUUACCCAGCUCUACGCGCCUGACGACAACGAGCGAGUGGUUGCAGACAUCAUUGCCAUUGCCGGACUAGAUGGACAUGCGUAUGGAUCGUGGCAAGGAAGAGGGAAUAUUGGUCGGAUGUGGCUCCGUGACUUCCUGUCGAAGGAUCUUCCGCAGUGCCGCACCAUGAUAUAUGGGUACAACUCCAAGCUGUCGAGCCACGGAGUCGAUACGAUCCUCGACUAUGGGCGGGAGCUGAUGGAGGAAAUCAAGAAAAUCCGGAACACGAAGGAGCAGAGACCGCUGAUAUGCAUCGCACACAGCUUUGGAGGCAUUAUCGUGGCUCAUUGCCUGGUGAGGGCCAUCCAGACAAUGGAGGAAGACCACCCGGCGAUCACGUCGCUGCAUCGAGCCACGUACGGCAUGAUCCUUUUUGCCAUUCCACAUAAAGGAUUAGUAAUGAAUGAUAUCCAGCAGAUGUUAGUAGGGGAUAAGAGCCAUCCGCGAGAGCGACUACUACAGCAGAUCUCCAGUAAAUCGGACCUGUUGAUCCACCAGCUGGCGGAUUUCAAAAAUCUAAUUCGGGAUCGCAAGGUGGUGAGCUUCUAUGAGACGGAGCAGACGACGCAGUUGGUAUUGGAUUCAGAAAGCGGACGGUGGAAACGCACCGGGGAUUUUGUGACGACGGUUGGCACAGACUCGGCUCUUCUCCAGCUCCCCGACCAUGUAGAGGACAAGGUGCCGCUGCAUGCAGAUCACUCGAUGGUGGUCAAAUUCGACACGCGCAACGCGGCCGGGUAUCGAACGGCGGUCGAUAAACUGCGGCAGUUCUCAAAAGACGCGCUAUCGGUGGUGGCGGCUCGGUUCACGCAGACGCGUCCGAAGCCUCAGCCGUGCUCCACGGUGCCUUUCAAAAAGGACCCGAUGUUUGUGGGCCGCGAAGCUCUGAUCAGUGCGAUCCAGGAAGGACAUAAGGCGAUUGGCCAGCGUCACGAGCGGGUGGCAUUGGUGGGGUUGGCCGGUGUUGGAAAAACCCAGGCAGCCAUCGAGUAUUCCUAUCGUGUGCGAGAAUCUACACCGGACAUGUGGGUGUUUUGGAUCCACGCUAGCAAUACGGCGCGGUUGGAACAGGGCUACCAGCAGAUUGCCACAGUUGCGGAGAUUCCGAGACGGGACGAUCCGAAGAUCAACAUCCUCCAGCUUGUGUAUCAGUGGUUGUGUGAUGCACGCAAUGGGCGCUGGCUGAUGGUGCUAGAUAAUGCGGAUGACGAUGGUAUCUUUUUCAGUGGCAAUACCUUCAACGAACGAGGGCCGCUGGUGAGCUUCCUGCCCCAGGCCGCCCAUGGAUCAAUGCUGAUCACAUCGCGGAAUGGUCUUGCGGCACGGAACCUGGUGGGGAGCGAGAGUCAUGAUUCCGGCUCCCCAAUCGGGAGAGUCUGGAGAGUCUGGAGGGGACGAGAGGGCUCUGGAGGGGACGAGAGGGCACUGGUCCAGGCAUUAGAGUGUAUCCCAUUGGCUAUCACUCAGGCUGCGGCGUAUAUUGCCAACCGGUUACCCCUUGUUACCGUCUCGGUAUACCUUCGUCUUUUCCAUGAAAGCGAGUCGAAGCGGACGCGGCUUCUCCAGAAUGAGGAUUCGGCGGAUCUUCGGCGCGAUCCCAGCAUUCGGUAUGCCGUGAUCACAACGUGGCAGUUAUCGUUUGAGCAGAUCCGUCAGGAGCGGCCUGCGGCAACCGAUCUCCUGGCGUUGAUGAGUAUGUUCGAUCGGCAGGGAAUCCCCGAAGAUCUGGUGCGGGGCCACGAUCAAGAUAUCCUGGACUUCCACGAUGCAUUGGCGCCGCUGCUCAGCUAUUCUCUGAUCCGACUAGAAAUAAACGAACGGUUGUUUGGCAUGCACCGCCUGGUGCAAUUAUCGGUCCGGGCGUGGCUGGACAUGCAUCAGCAGCUUUACGGCUGGCAGGCCAAAUCACGAAGGAUUAUGGCACGGGUAUUUCCAAAUGGCGAGUACGAGAGCUGGACAGAAUGUCGAUCGCUUCUUGCGCAUGCCAAUAGUGUGCUGCAGUCUAUAUGUGACGUAGAUGAUGAAGAUCGAUUGAAUGCUGCCACCCUCUUAUCUCAUUGUGGAUUGUUUCUAGAUCUUCAAGGAGUUUAUGAAGAGGCAGAAGCGAUGCAUCAACAGGCGUUGGAAACACGAGAGAAGGUGCUUGGACGUGAGCAUCCUGACACGCUCGCCAGUGUCAAUAACCUUGGCUUAGUUCUCUCCAGCCAAGGGUUAUACGACGAGGCGGAAGCGAUGCACCGACGAGACCUGGAAGGUAGUGAGAAGGUGCUUGGACGUCAGCAUCCUGGCACGCUCACCAGUGCCAAUAACCUUGGCAAUGCUCUCUCCAGCCAAGGGAAAUAUGAAGAGGCGGAAGCGAUGCACCGACGGGCGUUGGAAGAACGAGAGAAUGUGCUUGGACGUGAGCAUCCUGAUACACUCACCAGUGUCAAUAACCUUGGCAAUGUUCUUUUCAGCCAAGGGAAAUAUGAUGAGGCGGAAGCGAUGCACCGACGGGCACUGGAAGGAUAUGAAGAGGUGCUUGGACGUGAGCAUCCUGACACGCUCACCAGUGUCAAUAACCUUGGCAAUGUUCUCUCCAGCCAAGGAAAAUAUGACGAGGCGGAAGCGAUGCACCGACGGGCGUUGGAAGCAUGA